AUGGCGUAUGGACUAACUUAAUUCGGUCCACUGAGCCAAUUUUGCACCAAACCAAACCAAACCUUUUCUACCAGCAAAUUGGAUUGCAUCAGCCAUAUCGGUUGGACGUGCGCAGUGAAUAUUUUUGGACAAUUGUCGGUGUUUUACACCACUUUCUUUAUUAUUAUCUUUAAUUUAAACAAAUGUACAACUCCGUGGAUUGGCGUCAGGAACCCAAUCCACGGUUUUUAAACCUGUUAUCAAAAAGACGUAGAAUGGCGUAUGGACUAGCUUUAUAGGUCUACUGAGCCAAAAGAGCACCAAACCAAACCACCACCUUUUCCACCAGCGCUAUGUUCAUGGUGGUCCACAUUGUCAAAGUCAUCAAACAUGAGUGACAAACAGAAAGUCCUUAUUUGCGGAGACGUGGAGGGACACUUCAAGUUUCUCUUCUCCAAAGUGGAAGCUAUCAACAAUAAAAGCGGUUCGUUUGAGUUUCUGCUGUGCGUUGGUAAUUUCUUUGGCGCGGACAACUCCGAAUUGGAAGUCUACAAAUCUGGCAAGAAAGCUAUUCCGGUUCCGACGUACAUUAUCGGUCCUAACCGAGAGUCGGACAUAAAAUGUUAUCCCGAGGGAGACAGUUCCGACAUAUGUGAGAAUCUCACUUAUCUCGGAAAACGCGGUCUUUACACCGCCAGUUCGGGUCUCAAGAUAGUAUAUCUCAGUGGAAUUGAAAAAUCAUCAAAGGAAGAGGAGAACAAAGCCAUACAUUUUAACAAACAUGAUGUUGUGUCUAUUAAGAACAGUUGCUUGAGAGACCAACCAAGUUUCCGCGGUGUGGAUAUCUUGUUAACAUCUCCAUGGCCCGAUGGCGUGACUAAUCUUGACACCAAUAACCCCGAAUGCAAGUAUCAGGGUUCUCCCUUGAUCGCGUGGCUCGCUAGUCAUAUUAAACCUAGAUAUCAUGUGUCCGGUUUAGAAGGAGUUUACUACGAACGACUACCGUACAGAAAUCAAAAUCAGAGCGAUGGAAGUAUGGAAAUAGGUACUAGAUUCAUAGCCUUGGCUCCGGUAAUGAAUCCUCACAAAAGAAAAUGGUUGUACGCAUUGAAUUUAACUCCGGUCGAUAGAACCAGAUUAUCGGAUCUAAUCAUGAAAACAACAGACGAGACACAGAGUCCGUAUCCCAAGUCCUUGCUAUUCAACGAUCCAACGUCGCAAAAGCAAUCGCACAUGCAGUUUUUCUACGAUAUGGACUCGAAAGACAGCUCAGAGAAGAGAUCGCGGCAUCAAAAUAAUUCCAAUAAAAGACCGCGAAGAGAGAUCGAUCAAUCCAAGUGUUGGUUUUGCUUGUCCAGUCCAGACGUGUCCAAACAUUUGGUAAUUUCCGUUGGCACCGAAAUCUAUUUGGCGUUGGCAAAGGGUGGUCUGGUAGACGAUCAUUUCUUGAUUCUGCCUAUAACGCAUCAUCAGAGUUUGUCGAUUCUACCAAAGAAUGUGAAAGACGAGAUGGAUCUUUACAAGGAAGCUGUAACCAAGUACUUCGAAAGUACCGAUAGACUGCCCGUGUUUUUUGAGAGAAAUUACAAAACUGCUCAUUGUCAGCUGCAAGCUGUACCCGUUCACAAGAAUCUGGUACCUGGACUGAAGGAGAUGUUUGAGGAAUUAGCUGAAUGUAAUAACUUCACCAUUAUAGAACUGCCGCCUAACACCGAUUUAAAGCAAAUCGCAAGUCCCGGGGUUCCGUAUUUUUACGCGGAAUUACCAAACGGAGUAUUGUUAUUUCACAGGAUCAAAAAGGAGUUUCCACUGCAAUUUGGCAGAGAAGUGUUGGCAUCCGACAGAAUACUAGAUAUUAAUGACAGAUCCGAUUGGAAGGAUUGUCACAUGAGUCAGGAAGAAGAGGUCGAGCUAGCGAAGAAAAUUCGAAAACAAUUCACGCCAUUUGAUAUAGAUACUUAAAUAAAUUUUUACGUGUCCUUUUUAGUGUAUACAUUUUAUGUAAAAGUUUUCAUCACAAAAACUAUGCUAUUUUUUAUGUGUAAAUUCGUGUAAAUACUUGUAUGAAUUAAAGUAGUUUUUAAUUUU